GCUCAGCAAGAAUAAAACAAGGGGAGGAGGGGAAAGGUAUACAGUCUCAGGAAGAUGCUGGCUUGGAUGUGCUGUCGCUGUCCCUGGUACUAAAGGUUAAUGGUUGCAUGUCAAGUUUGGGCGCAGAAAAGCACAGGGGAUGUCAGAAUUAGGGUGCCCCAUGAUUUCAUGAUGCUGAGACAAUAGCUGCUGAUGGCUGCAGAUGUAAGAACAGGUGAUAGGUGCAGGUGUGCUUGUAUGAAGAUGGUGCAGGUGCAGGUGCAGGUGGCAGUGCUAGGGGCACCUGGGGUUGGCAAGACCUCUAUCAUCCAGCAAUUUGUAGCCCAUGAGUUCCAGGAGGAAUACACCCCAACUGAGAGUAGGCAGCUGCACAGAGCCUCUGCAGUGCUCAGCGAGAGGAUGUAUGAGCUGCUCAUCCUGGAUUUACCCAACCUACCCAGAUACCCUGGACCUGCAGGACAGGAGUGGAUGGAUCCACGUUUUCGGGGGCUCCGUAACAGCAGAGUCUUCAUUUUGGUGUUUGACAUCUGCAGCCCUGAGAGUUUCCACCAUGUGAAGCAGCUGAGGCAGCAAAUCUUGGACAGCACAAGUAAGCCCCCAGUGAUUGUUGUGGUUGGAAACAAGAGAGACAAGCAGAAGCUUCGAUUCGCCCCACGACAUGCUCUCUCUGUACUGGUGAAGAAGAACUGGAAAUGUGGAUACCUGGAGUGUUCGGCUCGCAAUAACUGGCACAUCCUCUUACUCUUCAAGGAACUUCUCAUCAGCACCACUGCAAGAAGCAGAAUCAAAACUCCCAGCAUCUGCCUGCAGGGAGCACUGCAUAGAGAGCGCUGCAGCGUUAUGUGAGCUAACUAGUUUAGAAGCAGAAUUGCCUCAAAGUUACAAAGACACUGCCAUCACUAAGGGGGUUCAAGCUUCUAUGUUAGAUAUGAGGUCUCCUCAGCCAUGUGCUGGAGUGAGGAAGCCGCAGUCUGUAUGUCUGUAAGACAAGGGCUCCACAGCCAAAUCGCAGACCUCUGAACAUGCAUAGAAGCAAGUAAUCUUCUGUCAUGUCACAUAAAAAGAAAAGGGCUCCCUCAUUAACACUGAGUAAAGCACUGCCAUACCAGUGACCACUCAUUAUAUACCAGCAAGACUUAGGGGUUUAUGUUCAUUUACAAAUAAUGUUAAAGCAAUUUUAAACCUGAAACCAAAAUAAUAAUAUAUUGUAGCUUACCAAUCUAAGAAUGUGGUGGCUGCAUUCGUUUUCUUAUUAAAGCUCCAUUCCCUUUAUUUUCCUCUGAUGAUUUGGCCAGUAACACACUUCCUGCCUAAGGGUGUCUCCAUUCUAUAAAGGAGCAAUGGAGACAUCUUUAAACAGCAUCAUAGUUAAUCCAGGGGGAGGGUAGUGUUAGAUGCUCUAGCAGAUUUACAUGGACUUGACUAAAUUAAUGCCAAACUCAAGCUAACACUUUUAGGCCGUUACAGUAAACAGUUCUUUACCUUUUGGGAUAAAGUUUUACAUAAAUGAAUAAAAUCAGAUCAUUGUAAGUA